AUGUGCCAAUCCAAAGGUAGGUGCCGUAUAUGCAAGGGUAAGCAUCAUUCGUUAUUGCACGCCAGGGGGACAGGUAACAUAGAGGUGGUAGAAGAAGCGAAUUUAAACGCGAACGUUGGGACGUCAGCUGUUGCAUCUACGAGUACGCCUCAAGGGGAGGAUGAAGUUAAACCUACCGUGACGUGUUUCUCAUCAGGGAGGGUAUACAAACAGGUCUUGUUGGCUACUGCCUUGGUGAAGGCCUUAUCAAAAAAUGGUGAUUACUACACGGUAAGAGCUUUAUUAGAUCAAGGAUCGCAAUCGUCAUUUGUGACUGAAGGCACAGUCCAGUAUUUGGGUCUCAAGAAAAUCCCUGUGAAGGGUCAUAUAACCGGGCUUGGUGGAGGCAAAAACAUUACAACUAAUUCAAUGGUUACCAUUAAAAUGAAAUCAAGGGUCAAUCCAGACUUGGUGUUCGAGGUAAAUGCAUAUGUCCUAAAGAACAUAACUUCAGAGUUGCCUUCGGAAAGAGUGGAGGUUAUGCAAUGGUUUGAUGUGACUGAUUUGGAGUUAGCUGACCCUAAUUUCCAUGUACCAAACAAGGUUGACAUCUUGUUGGGUGCUGAAGUCUACAGCAAGGUAUUAAAAGAGGGUAUUAAAAAGUCAUCAACCGGGGAUUUUAUAGCACAAGCGACUUCACUAGGCUGGAUUUUAUCUGGAGUGGUGCCAUCAUCGUUACGACCAUCUGCAGAUAUAAAUGUACUACAUGCUCGAGUCGAAGAUGAUGAGCUACUAAAAAGGUUUUGGGAACUAGAAAAAGAUACAGAAUUGACGAAAGAGCAAAGGUUUACUGAAGAAGAGAAACGUUGUGAAGAACACUUCGAUAGAACAAUACAAAGAGAUGAAUCUGGAAGAUAUAUAGCUCGGCUUCCUUUUAAAGACGAUGAGAUACAACUUGACGGAUCUGAAAAAAUAUGUCACGUGAGAUUAAAUAGUUUGAGGAGGAAAUUAGACAAAGAUAUGAACCUGAAAGAAAAAUAUUCGGAAGUAUUUUAUGAGUAUCUAACUUUAGAUCACAUGGAAAAGGUUCCAGAUGAAGAGAAAGGCAAUAAGAACGCAGUUUAUUUACCUCAUCACGCAGUUGUCAGGGAAGACAAGGACAGCUCAAAGAGACUCUGGUUAGAAGGUUUAGAAUGGGAUGAAAAGGUUUCAGAUGAAAUUUUGAAGGAUUGGAUGUCGUACCGAGAGGAGUUAAUACAUCUCUCGGAAAUCAAUAUUCCGAGGUGGGCGGGAACUACUUUGGAUGACCAAAAAGUAGAACUGCAUGGCUUCUGCGACGCAUCCCAAGUGGCAUAUGCUGCUGUGGUGUACGUUCGUGUCACUAAUAAAGAAGGCAUUACUAAGACAGUGACGGUGUACUGA